UUGCCACUGAUCUCCGACCCAAAAGUCAUCAGCCCAACAAAUCAGCAUUCCAACUUCCCAUUCCUCCGUCUUCGAGUGUUCGCCGCCGGCAAGUUAGCAACCAUGGCCAACACAGUCCGCGUCGCUGCCGCUCAGAUGACUUCGAUCAACGACCUCGCCGCAAACUUCGCCACCUGCUCUCGCCUCGUUAAAGAAGCAGCUUCAGCUGGGGCGAAAUUGAUUUGUUUUCCAGAAAAUUUUUCAUAUGUUGGUGACCUAGCUGGAGACAGUUUGAAGGUUGCUCAACCAUUAGAUGGACCAAUUAUGAAGGAGUAUUGUUCUCUUGCAAGGGAUUCAAAUAUGUGGCUGUCUCUUGGAGGAUUCCAAGAAAAAGGACCUGAUGAUGCACAUCUAUGCAAUGCUCAUGUUUUAAUUGAUGAUGCUGGGACUAUCAGAAGUGUAUUCCGGAAGAUGCACCUAUUUGACGUGGAUGUCCCUGGAAGUGCAGUUUACAAGGAGAGCAGCUUUACGGAAGCUGGGAAGGAGAUUGUUGCUGUAGAUAGCCCCUUUGGACGUUUAGGUCUGACAGUGUGUUAUGAUUUGAGAUUUCCGGAGCUUUAUCAGCAGUUGAGGUUCCACCAUAAUGCACAGGUUUUACUGGUACCUGCUGCUUUUACAAAACCAACAGGUCAAGCACACUGGGAGAUUCUUCUUCGUGCUCGUGCAAUUGAAACUCAAUGUUAUGUCAUAGCUGCUGCGCAAGCUGGAAAGCAUAAUGACAAAAGAGAAAGCUAUGGUGACACCUUGAUAAUUGAUCCAUGGGGAACAAUAGUUGGGCGGUUGCCGGAUCGUUUGUCAACUGGUAUUGCUGUUGCAGAUAUUGACUUCUCUUUCAUUGAUUCAGUUAGAGCAAAAAUGCCCAUAUGCCAGGUGAGACGCGACCGUUCUAAGCAUACACUGAACUUGCACAGGUUUUGGUCCAUUUGUAAUGCUUGUAACGGGAUGCAAUUGUGCAACUGCAUUGUUAGGAAGUUCAUGAAGCCUUCUCUGAUUGAUUAACUUUCUGCUUGUUUACUGUUACCACAACCUUUGUACCAUCUGUGAUCAUAAUGGUCUCUCUCUCUCUCUCUGCAUGCGUGCAGAGACAUCCACUCGGCAUGCGCAGCAGAGUCUUGUAUUAGAAGGAGAGAUUGCUGGAGGGAGAAAUCCGGAACUUGUUAUUUUGUACUUAAAAAUGCAAACUUGUUACUGGUCCAAUGCUUUGAUUUACUCGUUACUACUUUGGAUAGAGCCCAAAUGUAACCAUUUCAUGAGUUUUAUGGCCUUUUUUUGUUAAAUUAUUUAGUCCAAAAGUAAAAUUAAGUCCAUUAACGUGAAAUGCUUAUUACAUGCAGGACAGUUAGAUUCAUGUC